UCCACACGUGUCCAUUGCGCCCAGCUGGAUGUCGGACGUCGGUUCUUGGAGCGCAAUUCAGCGGUGCUAGUGGUAACGCGGUGGCUGCUUCUCGCCCUGAUCUGAUGUUGUGAAGAGUUUGUAGGAUCAUCAGCGUAGAGAUGGCUUCCGUGACGUUCAGAGACGUGGCCGUGGACUUCACCCUGGAGGAAUGGGGGCAGCUGCGCCCUUCCCAGAAGGAGCUGUACCGGGACGUAAUGCUGGAGAACUACCGGAACCUGGUGUGCCUGGGACUUGCAGCCUCCAGUCCAGAGGUGAUUUACCAGCUGGAGCAAAUGGAAGAUCCUUGGGUGCCUGAGGGAGAGAUCCCAACCGCCAGCUGUCCAGGGUUAUGUAACUAG